CGAGGGAGAGAGCGAGCGCGGCGCCCCCGCCCGGAGAGGCAGCUGAGGCGGCCGCGCGCUCUCGGCGGAGCUGCCAGAUUGGAAGAUGAAUAAUCUUUCGUUUAGUGAACUGUGCUGCCUAUUCUGUUGUCCACCAUGUCCAGGAAAGAUCGCUUCCAAACUGGCAUUUUUGCCCCCAGAUCCUACAUACACACUGAUGUGUGAUGAAAGUGGGAGUCGCUGGACUCUACACCUUUCUGAACGAGCAGACUGGCAAUAUUCCUCUAGAGAGAAAGAUGCCAUUGAAUGUUUUAUGACUAGAACCAGCAAAGGUAACAGGAUUGCCUGCAUGUUUGUGCGUUGUUCCCCUAAUGCCAAGUAUACUUUGCUCUUCUCGCACGGGAAUGCUGUUGACCUGGGCCAAAUGAGCAGCUUCUACAUAGGACUUGGUUCACGGAUUAACUGCAACAUAUUUUCAUAUGAUUACUCUGGAUAUGGAGCAAGUUCUGGAAAACCAACCGAGAAGAAUUUAUAUGCUGACAUCGAUGCUGCUUGGGUAGCUCUUAGAACAAGGUACGGAAUCCGCCCUGAAAAUGUAAUUAUAUAUGGACAAAGUAUAGGAACAGUGCCAUCUGUGGAUCUUGCUGCUCGUUAUGAAAGUGCUGCUGUAAUUCUUCAUUCUCCUCUGACCUCUGGAAUGCGUGUAGCUUUUCCUGAUACCAAGAAGACCUACUGCUUUGACGCAUUUCCAAACAUUGACAAGAUCUCUAAAAUUACAUCCCCGGUGUUAAUAAUCCAUGGGACUGAAGAUGAAGUGAUUGACUUUUCACAUGGCCUAGCAUUAUUUGAGCGCUGCCAAAGACCCGUUGAGCCACUGUGGGUAGAAGGAGCAGGACACAAUGAUGUUGAGCUUUAUGGACAGUACCUUGAAAGAUUAAAACAGUUUGUAUCACAGGAACUGGUGAAUUUGUAAAUUGCUUUAUAUAUUAUUUGCUGUUGAAUUUCAUGGCAGAACUGUAGAUCUUUAUAGCCACAGCAUAAAACCUGAUGGUUUUCUUUUCAAAUUGGGUCAGUUGCCUUCAAGCGUGUACUGGUAAUGAUUUGUAAACAUAAUUAAUGAAGAUUUUAAUACCAGUAUUAGCUGGAACAGUGGAUGUUGGGGACAAGCUUGUGUAGUUCAUCUAUUUUUUGCAAGUUUUCUUAGACUAAUGCAUAAGUCAAUUUGAAAAUUUUUCUUAAGAUGUACAAAAACCAUAGAAAAGAAGGAAAAUGUUAAUUAUGUAAAAUCAAAUGCUGUAAAAGUGUUGCCAAAUGCUUUAGCAUAUCAAACAAGUUUAUAUACAAUAUUUUUAAAACAUCUCAAACUAUACUGUGAUCUACUCUGUUGCACAGGUAUAAUUGAAGCAGUUGUAAAAUAUAAAUAGCCAUUAUAUUUGAAGGAAUAGGAAAAAAGGAAAAACAACCACUGGAAUCUACAGGCCCUAUUAUAUAGGGAGCAAGUCAAAACACGUGUUUUAUUAUCUUUCAUGUCUUGUUCUCAAUGUUUUUCUCUUUUCCUGAAUGACUAAUGGCCAAAAAUGCUUAUUUAGCCAUUUGUGUUGCUCUGCAAAACAAAGGCAUAAAAUUGUGAUUUUUAGAACUACUCCUGUUAACAGGGUACAUAUUAAAGCAACUAAAUGCAGUGGUUUCUCUGAAAUCAGUAUGAAAUACGAAUAUCAUUGCAAGUGGCCAUUUUGGAAAUGAUCAUGUAAAGAAACAGAACUUGGAUAAUAAUAAACUAAUAUUUCUCUAACUUUUUUGUACUGGCAAACAUGCAAAGUUGCAGUUGUCAUUUCAGAUUUGAUUUGAAUGUUUGUAAGUGUAGGACUAAUUGUUUCAAUUAUUAUGAAAAACCUACUAAUGUACUCCUAUAUAGUGAAAUGAAUGUUGACAACUCAUAGUAAAAUAAGUUGCCUUUCCCUUGAAUAAAUUUUUGCUUGAAUAAAAUAUAAAAUAGACCUAAAA